CGAUCAACACGUGGAACAACUAUUUACCCCUUUUCUUUGUUUCUAAAUAUUCGUCACCUUUAAUAAUAUAAAAGAUCUUCAGUUCUUUCGCUUUCACCCUAUCCCCCUCUCUCCCCCCCACAUCCUUCGACCCACACCGUCGCUCGACUUCAUACUAUACAGGAAGCCGUUCUCUGCUGCGUCCGCGUACUCAUCCCUCUCCCUCUUGUGUUUGUCUGAUACCCCCUCCACCCCACCCCAUCCUUUUCGCCUGCUAAUCAUGGGAAACUGCUUCUCUGACAAGUCGUCCAGGGCGAAGGACGAUCAGAAGAACGCGGAGAAGGCGGAGAAUAACAAGCAAGAGGCGGAGAAGAAGAAGGAGGAGGCGGAGAGGCAGAAGGAAGAUGCGGAGCUCCACGCGGACGAGAAGAAGGUGGAGGCAGAACUCCAGCAGCAGAGGAAGGCAGCGGACGAAGCGAGUUAG